GGUCCGAGGGCCGCGCCCUGCGGGGUUGCCUCGAGCUCUACGAGCGCGCCACCGCCCGGCUGCGCCGGGCGCCCCCGGCGGGCGAGGGCGGCGCCGCGCAGGCGGGGCAGUGGAAGCCCACCGUGGAGGACCAGGCGACGAUGAAGGUCGCGCGGAAGCUUGCGCACCUCUACAACGAGGAGGCUCGGGCCGCCCUGGCGCAGCGGUGGGAGGAGGCCGCCCCGGGCGAGGCCGCCGAGGUCGGCCCGGCGGCCCACAGCGCCGACCGCGUGGAAGACUUGCUUUCGCGGGCGAAGCGCUGGAUGCUGCUCUCCGGUGACAGCGGCAACGCCAGCAGGGUGCUCGUGAACCUGAGCGAGCUGCACGUCCGGCGGGCGGAGGACGGCGCCAAGGGCGAGCCCUCUGGGCUCUUCACCGAGGGCCAGUACCGGUUCUGGCUGCAGGCCAUCGAGUGCUGCGAGGAGGCGGCCGCCCUGAGCGGCAGGGCGGUGGGGGUGCGCGAGGGCGCCUACGCGCAGCUGCGGGCGGGC